CUGAACAUCACUACCCUACAGUAACCUCCCCCCUCACUUCCAUAAACGACCAUCAGUUAUGCUACUCUGAUGCAUCCCACACCGCUGUCAAUAUGCGUGUUUUGUGGGGUGGAUUUAUCAUCCAUUGCAUUGCAGUUUAGAAUAAUGGUCCGGCAUCCUUUUGCUAGGUAGAAGCAGGCUAUGAGUCAGAGAGCUAUCCGUUUGAACAAAAUGAUUAAACAUGGCAUUCGACAGAAUUUGCUAUGCCUUAGCACCAUCACAAACCAGUUGAGUGCUGAACAUAUCUGAAUGAGAGUGGGCUUAGGCGGCCAUGGACCUGUUCAGCCAGCUCAUUCUGGUCAUCUCGGUCACCAGUUUCCUAUCCUUCCAGUGGCUCUUCCACCGGGUCAGUCCCUGGGUCUCCACCCGUGUCAGCCCUGGCUUCUUACGCCUUGCAGACAAGCAGAAGGUGGAGUGGAACUCAAGGACAGUGUCCACGCUUCAUGCCCUGCUGGUGGGACUCUUCUGCCUCUACAUCCUGCUCUUUGAUGACGCCAUCAAUGAAGACCCCGUCUGGGGAGAUCCAACACUUGUGAAGAUAAAUGUUGGCGUGACAACAGGCUACCUCAUAUCUGAUCUGCUGCUAAUAUUUUACUAUUGGAAGGCGAUAGGCGACAAGUUUUUUGUAGUGCACCACCUGGCAGCGUUGUAUGCUUACUACUAUGUACUGGGACACGGAAUGUUGCCUUAUUUUGCUAACUUCCGUCUGCUUGCAGAGUUCUCCACGCCGUGUGUCAACCAGCGCUGGUUCUUUGAAGUGUUAGGUUACCCCAAGUCCUCCAGGCCCAACAUCGCUAAUGGGAUGGCCAUGGCCGUUGUCUUCUUCCUGGUUCGCAUUGCCGUCAUGCCCCUCUACUACAGCCGCAUGUGGUCCGUGUAUGGCACCGAAGCCUUCUACCAGGUCCCACGGGGAGGCUGCGCUGCCUGGAUCAUCUCCAGCAUCUGUCUGGAUGUCAUGAACGUCAUGUGGAUGCACAAGAUCGCCCGCGGCUGCUACAAGGUCAUGCGCUCGGCCCGACAACACAAAGUGGGGACACAGGGGAACGGAAAGACUGACUAAAAAGCAAGAG